AUGGCUGCAACGGCAGCGUGGUCCGAGGCGUCCGGCCCCUCCUCGGCGCCGCGGUCGCGCGCGUCGAGCCGCCCGACGUCCCCCACGCCCAGCGACGCGCCGCGCCCGCAGCAGAGACACGUCUCCGGCAGCCUCAAGGACCGUAUUGCCAAGUUCUCCAACGCCGACGCGGUCCCCCUCGCCCCGACCAACCCGUACAUCGGCGGCGCGUCCACGCAGAGCUCUUACGCACGCGGCGGGCUCGUCGGCAACCGCCUCCCCUCGCUCGACCCCAAGACGGCCGCGCUCGGCACCAGCGGCCUCGCUGCGCCUGGCGCCCGCCGCGUGUCCGAGCGCCGCGACCUCAUCGGCAACCGCAUCCCGAGCGGCACGAACGCCGCAGCGGCCCUCGCGACACCGUCUCUGCCUGGCCAGGUGACCCCCACGCCUGGAUCCGCGUCCAACACACCCAGCCCGGGCACGUCGACGCCCGUCUCGGCCGGCAGCGCGCAGGCGGGCCUCGGUAUCGGUGCCCCGCCGCCGAUUGAGCGCGUAGCUAGCCCCGCUGGCAGCGCGGCCUCGUCAGGCGUAUCGGGCUCGGUGGUGUCGGGCCCCAACACAAACUACGAGUCGGCGUCGGCUGGCACGUCGAGAUCAAGCUCCCCAGCCACGUCGCCGGGUACCUCGGCGCCCGGCCUCCCCCAGCUGUUGGUGUCCACACUGCCUGGCGCAGGGCACAGCGACCGUGGCGGAGCCAUGACGCCAUCGUCCACACGCGCAGAGGCGGGCGAGGAGGUGUCUGAGCUCUCGCUCCCUUCCACGCCGGUGGCUGCCCCCAAUCUCCCGCCACCAGAGUACGAUCUCGUGCCGGGAAACCUCAAGCUCGCGGCGGCGUCGGGGACAACUGGCGGGUCGACUUACGCGCCAAGCAUCAGCUCGUCGCUCGUGAGCCAGUACGACCCGGCGUCGAGCACCGACGACGCGGCGACGAACCUCAAGGACGUGAGCGGCGUGUCCACGCCGACAGGCACGCCACGCCAGGCGCGCCGCGAGCUCGACCCCGAGGGGCCAGAGAGCAGCGCGCCCAGCUCGACCCGCGACGACGGCAGCGGCGGCGAGGACGAUGUGCCCAAGCUGAAGGAGAAGCUGGAGGGUCUGAGCUUGGAGGAGGCCGCGAGCGGCGAGACGACGGCCACAGAUGGCGAGGAAACCGAGGAGGCGGCCAGCCCCGUGGCAGCCAAGGCCGCUGACAAGGAGGACGCCCUGGCAAAGUCGAUCAAGGCCGCCACGGACGAGCCGCUCGUCAAGCCCGAGGAGGAGGCCACGCCCACCGAGGAGAAGGAGGUCGAGGUGGCGCAGAAGCAAGCUGAGCCGACGGUCGUGGACAAGGCGGCCGGGGCUGCGGUUGGCGUCGCGGCAGUGACUGGCCUGGCUGCCACUGCUGCUGUUGCCGGCGUGGCUGCGGCCGUCGUGCCAUCCCUUUCCAAGGACAAGGAGGAGAAGGCCGAGGUCGAAGAGCCCAAGGCGCAGCCCAAGGAGACCGUCAAGGCGGAGGAGAAGCAGUCGGCGGCCAAGGAGGAGCCCGAGGUUGUGGCCAAGGAGGAACCCAAGGUUGUGGCCAAGGAGGAACCCAAGGCUGUGGCCAAGGAGGAGCCCAAGGCUGUUGCCAAGGAGGUGGAGACCAAGGAUGACGAGCAGGUGGUCCCUGCUGUGACCAAGGCCGCCGUUCCCGGUGCAGCUACCGCUCCCGAAGUCACUGAAGACCUCGCCGACGAGGAACCCGCGCCUGCCGAGGUCGAUGAGGACCCGCGCCGCACCUCUGUCGACACUAUCUCGACCAUUACACCUGGCGUCGACCUCAAGCUCAAGCCCGAGUCGCUCACGGCCACUACUGACGUCGAGUCUGCGCUGGCGACGCCAGUGCCUGUUCUGUCAGCCACAUCCGAGACCCCGCGUCGGUUUCAGGCGGAAGACCGGGACGCGACGCCGCAACCGAGCGUAGCGGACCACGGUGAUGAGGCCCGCGACGAGCCUCUAGCACCGGCCCUUGACGACGACAGCGACAUUGUCAGUCUCGGGAACGGCGGCCACUCGCGCACGCACUCGGGCUUCAGCCUCCCGCCUGCUCGUGCCUCCUCGCAGCUCGAGUUCAACUACGACGAGUACCACGAGAAGGUGCAGCAAGAGCGCGAGAGGGUGCCACCGACCCCGGACAAGGCACAGCCAGAGAAGGUGUCACAACCAGAGUCCGAGAAGGACAGCGUCAAGGAGUCUUCAACUUCCACCACCAACGACGAUGAGUUUUUUCGUGCCUCGCCCCAGGACGAUAAGCAGGGCAAGCGUAGCGACGACGGCGUCAAGCCUCAAGACGCUGGUGGCGAACUUCCCGCUUCGGCGGCGCCGGUCGUGGCUCAAGGCGGUGGUGGCCAAGGUCCAGCUUCGAGCGCAGCAAGCAGUGGAAAGGAUGCCAGCGUAACCAAGGACGCGACAGUCGCUGCGACCGUGGGCGGCGCGAUUGCUGUCGGAGGAGCCCUGGCCGCCGCUGGAGCGACGGCCCAGUUGGACUUUCGUGGCGUUCAAGAGACGUCGGAGAAGGCUGUUGAGGUGGCUGAGGACGGCAGUGGAUCAGCUGGAAAAGCUGGGCUGAGCCGCGACACGAGCAUCCCCGACAUUGAGGCCAAGCUCAAGAGCUUCCCGGAGGUGCCGACGGGGGGCGUUGACGGCGCGGCACACAAGCCGCUGCAGGUGCAUGUCGAGCCGUCACCCUUCGGUCCUGUGUCCGAUGCCGCCUUGCCGCCACCACCCCCUCCCGCUGCGAAUGGACCCGCAAAUGGACCCUCCCUCAAGGUGCAGGCGCCGUCGACGUCGGUCAGCGUUGACAGCGACGCGGACGAGCCCACCGCCGCGCCGAGCUUCCCGGACACGCCGCACAACGAGCUGCCGGCGAUUGACACGCCAGCUGAUACACCGGCGCGCUCGGGCACGCCGGCCGACCUGCUGCCAGUAACACCACACAAGCACUUCCCCGAGGUGCCGGACGAGCAGCACCCGUACGUCGGGGUGCAUGUCUCGCCGCACGCGUCGUCGCAGGUGAGCGGCUUGAAGUCAAAUUCCCCCCCUCUGUCGCCGUCAGUCUCGUCCGGCUCCCUGUCAGCCACCGAGACUGGGCGCCGCCAGCGCAACUCUUUCCGUGCGCGUUCCCCCCUGCUGGAUGAUGAAGACCCCGGAGAUUUUGAGCCUGGAGAAGCCUGGGCCGUCGUGACAAAGUGGGAAUCUUACUCUCCUCCCAAUCUCUCCCUCCAAGACCCAUCCCAAGUCUCGUCCCAAGUAUCCCUCGUGCCCAUCAUCCGUCCCCCCAUCCCUCCAAGAGAAUCCAAGCCAUCAUUUUUCAAGCGCGUGGGGGCGUAGUAGUACGGACACGGCGUGAGGCGGGUGGGCGUGCGUGGCGCCGAGGCGUGCGACUUGGUAGACGACCCGACGACGACGACUCUGAUCUUAUUCUAUCGACAACUGCUGCCCGGACGCGAUGUAAAAUGAGGCGACGACGACGAC